AUGGCUGCUACCGAUGCCGUUGAAGUGGUUACGCGCCAGUGUGAGAAGGGCGCCGAAUCUGCCCCUCGCAGCAAAGUGUCUCGCAAAGCGACUCUAGGCAACGUUCGCCUUAGAAAUGAAGAGAACAAUGAAAUCAUCUUGAUUCCGACGCCGUCAUUAGAUAUUAACGACCCCUUGAACUGGUCGCAAUGGCGCAAAAAGUACGUUGCGACUGUGCUGUGCGUGGCCAUGACCAUGUGCAACUUUUUGGCAGCCGGUCCAUCCAUCGCCAUUGUGCGCACAGCCAUCGACUUCUUUCCACAGACUGCGCAGAGUGAAAGUCUUAUGACUUACGCCAUCCCUAAAGUUGCAUACUUCUUUACAUCCACGUCGCUGCUCCAAGGCAUGGGCAAUCUGUUCUGGAUCCCCAUUGCGAACAAAUGGGGUCGCAGGCCUGCCUACAUUGCCAGCUACGCCAUAUACUUUGCCACUGCUAUUUGGCUGAUCUUUGAAAAGUCCUACUCUGGGUUUCUUGUUGGUCGCAUCAUCAUGGGCUUUGGCGCCGGUGCGGCAGAGACUCUUGCGCCAGUCACAAUCACCGACAUCUUCUUUCUACAUGAGAGAGGAGCCGUCAUGUCCGCUUAUACUUGCUUCCUCUCCAUUGGCGUUGCGUUCGGAAUGAUCGUCUCUGGAGCUAUCACCGCCAACAAACACUGGCGAACAAUCUAUGAAGUGAGCUCUGCCCUGAUCGGCUUCGUCCUCCUUCUGCUGUUCUUCACGCUCCCUGAAACGGCAUACAAACGAGUUGAGAAUGGCAAAGUCAUUGCUUCAGCAUCUUCCGAGGCCCUUAGAAGUCGAGCAAGCCAAAGCAGCGAUGCCGAGACGGGCCAGCCCACUGUUGCCAAGCAGACAUACCUACAAUCGCUCAGAAUCUUUCGCCGCCAGCCUCUGACUCACGAGAGCGUGCUGAAAAUGAUAUUUCGCCCCUUUGCUCUAAUUCUCCUGCCGUCGGUGCUCUGGGCUGCUCUGGUGCAGGCUGUGACUAUUGGCUUCCUUGUAGCUGUCUCAUCGAAUGUUGACCCUGCCUUUGAGGAAGCUUACCGUUUCCAGCCAUGGCAAGUUGGCCUGUGCUUCUUUGCGGCCAUUAUAGGAUCUUUACUGGGCCUCCCGGCGGGAGGCAAGCUCGGUGACUUUUGUGCAGACUACCUGACCAAGCGGAAUGGCGGCAUCCGAGAGCCGGAGAUGCGACUUCCCACCAUUAUGAUUUCUGCCAUUACAGCGCCGCUAGCUCUUGUGCUCUAUGGAGUUGGCAUUCAACAUCGCCUGCACUUCUUGUGUCCAACUGUUGGUCUUGCAUUGUUGAACUUUUCCAUCACGCAGGCCACCACUGUCUGCCUCGUCUAUGUGAUUGAUUCGUAUCGACCUGUUGCAGGUGAAAUCACGCUCGCCGUCAUGGGAUUUAAAUCACUCUUUGGGUUUCUCCUAUCUUUCGAGACAAACCCGUGGAUCAACAAGUCUGGGUACCAAAACGCAUACGGCGCCAUGGCUGGCAUUUCGGUGGCUGUAAUCAUCAUGUGGAUUCCAUUGUACCUUUGGGGCAAAGCGCUUCGAAUUAGGACUUGGCGGUGGAAGGUUAUGUCACUGGUGCGCUGGGCAGAUGAUCGCGAGAUCGGCGAAUGA